GUCACUUUCCAGCGACAGUGUUUAAACUGAAGCGGCUGAAGAGCUGCAGUGGUUUUACAGCUCAGUUUCAGCACAGCGGCGAUUCCUCCUCUCAGUAUGGGUCCUGUAGAGCUUCUCCACAUGUCCGUGUUCUCCCAGAGUUUUUCUCCCUGCGGACGCUUUCUUGCAGCUGGUAAUAACUAUGGAGAGAUCGCCAUAUUUAGUCUCUCAGCAGCACUGAGUCCAGAUGCCACAGAUCUGAGCCAGAAGCCCAUUCUAACUUUUACAGCACAUGAAGGCCCUGUGUUCGCCCUGCUCUCCACAGAUACUCACCUUUUGAGUGCAGGGAAUGGAGAGAUCAGUGCAUGGAGUUGGGUGGAGCUCACCAAGAGAAGCACCAAAGCAGUAUGGACAAGGAGGCCAAAUUACAAGUCUAGUCUUGAAAUACCUGAAAUCAAUGCUAUGAUUAUCAAUCCAAAAGAUAACAGCUUGAUAGUUGGUGGGGGAGACAAUAACAUUCACAUCAUGGACAUGGAAACUGGGACCUUCAAGUCUGUACUGCAGGGACACACUGACUACAUCCACUGCCUGGCGCUGAAGGAGAGAGAGGGGGAGAUCCUCUCUGGUGGGGAGGAUGGGGCUGUGAGAAUUUGGGACUCCCGGACCAGGCAGGCGGUGCACUGUAUCGAGGUGUUUAAAUAUGAGGAAUGUGCCCGCCCCCAGUUCGGGAAGUGGAUCAGCUGCCUUGCAACAGACUCUGAUUGGAUGCUGUGUGGUGGGGGACCGUCGCUCUCUCUCUGGCACCUCCGCUCCAUGUCUCCUACCUCUGUCUUCCCUCUGGCUGGCUGUCAGAGAGAGGCUGUCUUUCAUCAGGAUGUGAUCUUUGCAGUAGGUGAAGGUCCACAUGUGUCCCACUGUCUGCUUGGUGGAAGUGUGAAGGCUCAAAUCCCCUGCACCUCACCAUCGCUUAACACACUCGCCCUGAACCUCAGCAGCACUGAACACAGGGUGAUGACUGCAGCAGGCAGUAGUGACAAGAUUGACGUUUUCACCAACUUCUCCUACAGAGCUUUCUCUCUCUCUUUUUAAACACACACACAUACACACACGCACCCCUACCCACCAUACAAGCAUAUUAGUAUUAGCACACUUGUGAGGACUGUGCAAAUGUCUUUGGCUUCUGAGAAAAUGAUGUGUAAAGCUGAGCAGUAAGCAUUUAUACACUGGAAAUAAAACAAAUACAAAUCAUCAAUAGAAUAUUGUGAUUUAAAGUGUUCCCCCUCCAUUUAUGAUCUGAGAAAACCUAUUUACAGCUCUGGAAAAAAAUAAUAGACCACUUCAGAAUCUGUUUCUAAAUCAGUUUUUCUGAUUUUGCUAUUUAUAGGUGUAUGUUUGAGUAAAAUGAACAUUGUUGUUUUAUUCUAUAAUUUACAGAGAACAUUUCUCCCAAAUUCCAAAUAAUAAAAUUGUCAUUUAGAGCAUUUAUAUGCAGAAAAUGACAAAAAAAUAACAAAAAAGAUGCAGAGCUUUCAGACCUCAAAUAAUGCAAAGAAAACAAGUUCAUAUUUAUAACAUUUUUAGAGUUCAGAAAUCAAUAUUUGGUGGAAUAACCCUGGUUUUUAAUCAGUUUUUAUGUAUCUUGGCAUGUUCUCCUCCACCAGUCUUACACACUGUUUUUGGAUAAAUGUAUUCUACUUCUGGUGCAAACAUUCAAGCAGUUCAGCUUGAUUUGAUGGCUUGUGAUUAUCCAUCUUCCUCUUGAUUAUAUUCCAGAGGUUUUCAAUUUACUAAAAUCAAAGAAACUUAAUAUUUUUAAGGGAUCUUAUUAUUUUUCCAGAGCAGUAAAUGCUGUGUUGCACACUCUUGCAGAAAUUUCUAGUCCUAACCUUGGUUGACCCUGACCAGGGGUUAUUUCACAGCAGGAUGUUUCCAUUAAGCUGGGUAACUUGGGCCCAGGGUCUCUUCUGUCCAGUAAGAGAAGAGCUGACUGACCUUUUGGCUCACCUUUGACCUUAGCUCAACUGGCUCUCUGAUUUGUGAAAUACCCCCUGAACCAUUAAUUUAAUCCCUUCUCCAACGCCACGCAAAUUCUGUGUGUGGAUGUGUUUUUAAGUGGUAUCUUUGAUAAAAACGGAAAGAACAAAACAAGCAUCACGUUUAAAAACUGAUAAGUCUCAUGUGAUUUUAGUCCAUGUGUGUGGAUGCACAGUUCUCUGUGGUGUAGAAGUUAUACCUACUUUUUUGGUUUGUUUAAAAAAUCACGAUACGAUUCCCUUUGUGAAAAAAAACCCCCAAAAAAACAAUGGAACAACAUAUUUUUAUAAUAAAAUAUUUUGAUACAUGA